AUGUCAGAUAUUCAAGAAGUUGGUGAAUCAAAUUGGAUGAUUAGUACUAUUGAAAAAGGGACGUUGUUUCUAGGUAGUGUUUAUGCAGCAGAAGAUGAAGAAGUUAUUCAAGAAUAUCAAAUUAAAUCUGUACUUUCUAUACUUGGGUAUGAGGUAUAUUUACCUAGUGUUAUUAAAGAAAAAAAGUGGAUUGUUUUAGAAGAUUCUUCAAGUGAAAAUAUAAGCUCUUAUUUUACUGAAUGUUUUAAAUUUAUUGAUAAUGCACUAAAACCUGUAUUGGUUCAUUGUGAAAUGGGGGUUUCUCGUUCUGCUACCAUUGUUAUUGGUUAUUUAAUGUAUAAAGGAAAGACUUUAAAAGAGGCAUAUGAAUAUGUUCAACAAAGAAGAAAAAAUAUAAGCCCCAAUAAUGGUUUUAUGUAUCAAUUAUAUAAAUACUCUGAAGAACUUUAUCCUCAUAAUGAAGAAACAAUGCUUUUUAUAUAUAAUAAGUAUGGUAGAAAAGAUACUGUUGACAAAUUUAAUGAAAGAGAUAAAAAUAAAGUAGAAAGUUUUGUAAAUCAAUUUAGUGAAUGUGAAUUUAAGUGGGGAAGUUAUUUUAAAACAAAAUAUAAUUAUUAA